CGGGAACAGGAGGCGAGAUCUCAGGGGGCGGGGCCGAUCGAUCUCUCCGGCUCCUGUGCCCUCGUCCUGACCCAGCUGAGCUCCCCCAAAGCUCGGGUGACUAGGGCUGGCAGCGUUUGCGGGAAAUGUGGGACCGCGACCGCCUAGCGGGUGCUGGAGAUGGGGGAGCAGUCGUGACUGUGACCUUCACCAACGCUCGUGACUGCUUCCUCCACUUGCCAGGGCGCCUCGUGGCCCAGCUGCACCUGCUGCAGAGCCAAGCUAUAGAAGUAACCUGGGGUCAUCAGCCUGCAUUCUUGAGCUGGGUGGAAGGACGGCAUUUUAGUGAUGAUGGUGAAUAUGUGGCUGAAAUUAAUAGACAAGUUGGUCAGAAACUUGGACUCUCAAAUGGAGAACAGGUGUUUCUCAAGCCAUGUUCUCAUGUGGUCUCUUGUCAGCAAGUUGAAGUGGAGCCCCUUUCUGCAGAUGAUUGGGAGAUACUGGAACUGCAUGCUGCUUCCCUUGAACAGCAUCUUCUUGAUCAAAUUCGAAUAGUUUUUCCAAGAGCUAUUUUUCCUGUUUGGGUUGAUCAGCAAACUCACAUAUUUAUUCAAAUUGUUGCACUAAUUCCAGCUGCUACAUAUGGUAGACUUGAAGCUGAUACUGAACUUCUUAUUCAACCAAAGACCCGGCAAGCCAAAGAAAAUACAUUUUUAAAAGCAGAUAAUAUUCAUGGAAAACUUCAUAAUUGUGGAAGAGAUCAAAUAGGAUUGGCAAAGGAAUUUCAAGCCACGCAGCUUCAUUCAACAUCAGGAGUCACUGGAUCUAAUAAAACAAAUUCAGAGGUUACAGGUUCCUCAUCAUCAAAAGCAAGCUUGUGGACUAUGAUAGGAAGCAUUUUUUCUUUAGGAUCUGAGAAGAAGAGAGAGACAUCUUGGGGUUCAACUGAAAUCAAUGCAUUCAAAAAUAUGCAGUCAGAAGUUGUUCCUCUUGACAAUAUUUUCAGAGUAUGUAACUCUCGGCCUCCUAGUAUAUGUAAAAAUACAGCAACAAAUUCUAUUUUUAACAAGCACUGUGCCAUUCAUGCAUUUCCAUGGGACCAGGAAUAUUUUGAAAUUGAACCCAGUUUUACUGUAACCUAUGGGAAGCUAGUUAAACUACUUUCUCCAAAGCAACAGCAAAGUAAAACAAAGAAAAAUGUCAUGUCACCUGAAAAAGAAAAACAGAUGUCAGAGCAACUAGAUCAGAAACAAAUUAGUCCAAAUCAUAAUCAAAAAGCUAGUAAUACCUAUAUACUAAAAAUAGUCUGGAAUGGACUUGAGGAAUUGAAGAAUACUCUAAAAUAUACCAGAAACAUAGAAGCUCUCCAUCUUGGAAAAGUAUGGAUUCCAGAUGACCUGAGAAAAAGACUAAAUAUAGAAAUGCACGCAGUAGUCAGAAUAACUCCAGUGGAAAUCGUCCCUAAAAUUCCAAGAUCUCUAAAGUUACAACCUAGAGAAAACUUACCUAAAGAUGUAAGUGAAAAAGAUAUAAAAUCUGUGUUCCACUUAUGGCUACAGCAGUCAACUACUACUACACUUCCUAUGAUAAUAUCAGAGGAAGAACAUAUUAAGCUGGAAAUUAAAGAUGGGUUGAAGGAGUUUUGCCUGAAUGUAGUUCAUCCUUGGGAAAAAGAAAAAGAAAAUAAUGUUUAUUUGUUGAGUAUUAAUCUUCUGCAGAAGGCCACAAUACAAGUCCUUCUAGACCCUAUGGUAAAAGAAGAAAACAGUGAGGAAAUUGACAUUAUUCUCCCUUUUUUAAAGCUGAACUGCUUGGGAGGAGUGAGUUCCUUAGGUGUAUCCUCCAUGGAGCACAUCACUCAUAGCCUGCUGGGACGCCCUUUGUCUAGGCAAUUGAUGGCCCUUGUGGCGGGACUUAGGAAUGGAGGCCUUUUACUCACAGGAGGAAAGGGCUCUGGAAAAUCAACUUUAGGCAAGGCUAUCUGUAAAGAAGCGUUUGACAUAUUGGAUGCCCAUGUGGAGAUAGUGGACUGUAAAGGUUUACAAGGGAAAAGACUUGAAAACAUACAGAAAACUUUAGAGAUGGCAUUCUCAGAGGCAGCGUGGAGGCAGCCUUCUGUUGUUCUGCUGGAUGACUUGGACCUUCUUGUUGACCUGCCUGCUCUCCCAGAACAUGAGCAUAGUCCCAAUGCUGUGCAGAGCCAGAGGCUUGCACAUGCUUUGAAUGAUUUAAUGAAAGAAUUUAUUUCCAUGGGAAGUUUGGUUGCACUGAUUGCCACAGUCCAGUCUCAGCAUUCCCUUCAUCCUUUACUUGCUUCUGCCCAGGGAAUUCAUAUAUUUCAGUGUAUUCAACAUAUCCAACCUCUGAAUCAGGAACAGAGAUGUGAAAUUCUGCACAGUGUAAUAAAAAAUAAACUGGACUAUGAUAUAAACAAGUUCACCGAUCUUGACCUGCAGCAUAUAGCUAAAGAAACUGAAGGGUUUGUGGCUAGAGAUUUUACAAUGCUUAUGGACCGAGCCAUACAUUUUUGUCUCUCUGAUCAGAGUAUAUCCACCGGGGAAGAAUUAGUUUUGACAACAUUGGACUUCCAAAACGCUCUCCAAGGAUUUGUUCCUGUAUCUCUACGAAAUGUUAACUUGCAUAAGCCUAGAGACCUAGGCUGGGAUAAGAUUGGCGGAUUACAUGAAGUAAGGCAGAUACUCAUGGAUACUAUCCAGUUACCAGCCAAGUAUCCAGAAUUGUUUGCAAACUUGCCAAUACGACAGAGAACAGGAGUCCUGUUAUAUGGUCCUCCUGGAACAGGAAAAACUUUACUAGCUGGAGUAAUUGCACGUGAGAGUGGAAUGAAUUUUAUCAGUAUCAAGGGGCCAGAGUUACUCAGCAAAUAUAUUGGAGCAAGUGAACAAGCUGUUCGGGACAUUUUUACUAGAGCACAGGCUGCAAAACCCUGUAUUCUUUUCUUUGACGAAUUUGAAUCCAUUGCUCCCCGACGAGGCCAUGAUAACACAGGAGUUACUGACCGAGUAGUUAACCAGUUGCUGACUCAGUUGGAUGGAGUAGAAGGCUUACAGGGUGUAUAUGUAUUGGCUGCUACUAGUCGUCCUGACUUGAUUGACCCUGCCCUGCUUAGGCCUGGCCGGCUAGAUAAAUGUGUAUACUGUCCUCCUCCUGAUCAGAUAUCACGUCUUGAAAUUCUAAAAGUUCUCAGUGACUCUCUGCCUCUGGCAGAUGAUGUUGAUCUUCAGCAUGUGGCAUCAAUAACCGACUCCUUUACAGGAGCUGAUCUGAAAGCUUUACUUUACAAUGCCCAGUUAGAGGCUUUACAUGGAAGACAGCUGUCCUAUGGAUUCCCAGAUGGAAGUUUCAGCUCUGAUAGUGAUUUAAGUCUGUCCUCAAUGGUUUUUCUAAACCACAGUAGUGGUUCUGAUGAUUCAGCUGGAGAUGGAGAAUGUGGCUUAGAGCAGUCCCUUGUUUCUCUGGAGAUGUCUGAGCUGUUCCCAGAUGAAUCAAGAUUUAAUAUGUACCGACUCUACUUUGGAAGCUCCUACGAAUCAGAACUUGGAAAUGGAACCUCCUCUGAUAUGAGUUCUCAGUGCCUGUCUGCACAAAGCUCCAUGACUCAAGAUUUACCUGUAGUUCCUGGGAAAGAACAGUUGUUUCCACAACCUCCACUGUGCAGAACUGCGUCACAAGAUGGUUACCAAGAACUUACACAAGAACGGAGAGAUCAACUAAGGGCAGAUAUCAAUAUUAUCAAAAGCAGAUACCGGAGCCAAAGUGGAGAGGAUGACUCCCUUAACCAACCAGGACCAAUCAAACCCAGUUUGACUAUUAGUCAGUCUCAUUUAAUGACUGCACUUAGUCAUACAAGACCAUCCAUUAGUGAAGAUGACUGGAAGAAUUUUGCUGAGUUGUAUGAAAACUUUCAAAAUCCAAAGAAGAGAAAAAAUCAUACUGGAGCAAUGUUUCGACCUGGACAGAAAGUAACUCUAGCAUAAAAUAUACUGGUGUGUGUGUGUGUGUGUUUGUUUGUGUGUGUGUGUGUCUGUGUGUGUGUGUCUGUGUGUGUGUUUUUCUCUGUGAGCAUGUGUGUAUGUGUGGUUUGUCUUCACAUUAGAAUUAUAAAAAUUGUAUGUAAAUUUCUUUUUAAUUUAAAAAAUUAAGUUAAUCUAUAAAGCUACAGAUGGUGAACCUGUGUUUAUAUAAUGACCAUGAUUAACUUAAACUGAGGUGUUAAAGUAAAUUUGGGUAUUUACAACAGAUUCUGUAUUUUAUUCCUAUAAAUCUCUACUAAAUCUAUAAUAAAAUGUUGUCCACGU